CGUGGGCAGUCCUCUCGGUACCACAAUUCUUCAGCUUGUGGACCGGGACGGGAAGCUUAGAGAUGUAUAAAAUUCAAUUUCUUGCUGUCCUUUGAGUUUCAUUUCUAGCAAUUUACAGAUAUGAGUACAAGUAAGGAGCUGAAAGCUCCAACGAAGAGCACAAAAGAGGAUCAAGUGCAGUCCUCUGAAUAUCCUCAGGAUAAUGGCCUCAAUCACCUUGUCAAUGAGCAAACAGCCAAGGACACAUGGAUGGUGCUACUUGUAUUCCGUUGUAUUAAUGCUGCUCUUAUUUGGACCUUCUUCCAGCCAGAUGAAUAUUUUCAGUCUUUAGAGCCAGCAUGGCAAAUGGCUUUCGGGCCACAAAGUGGAGCAUGGAUCACAUGGGAAUGGCAUCACCAAUUACGCUCGUCACUGCAUCCAGCACUGUUCGCAGUAAUCUACUAUGGCGCAGACAAGGCCAUGCAGUUUUUGUCAUUCUUCCCUCAGUUCCGGGGCAUGCUUUUAGCUAUUCUACCAAAUAUCGUCCAAGCCUACUUUGCUGCUUUGAGCGACUACUAUACAUGGCAACUUUCUGAACGAAUCUAUGGUACGGGAAGCAAUGCACCAUGGGUAGCUAUCAUGAUGAGUGCUCUAAGCCCUUGGAAUUGGUUCUGUUCAACAAGAACAUUUUCAAAUUCUCUUGAGACAACAUUGACCAUUGUUGCCAUGUACUUCUGGCCGUGGAAAAUCUCAUCGGAUUCAGUGCUUGGAGCUGGCAGUGAUCUCUCCCAAUCAAAUGACGAUGAAGAACAAACGACCAGCUCUGCCAGGGAAUCUGAGUCAGGGGUCUUCGGUACUGCGAAGUCUGUCAACCACCUCCGUAUUGCGUUGUUACUUGCUGGUACAGCAUGUAUACUUCGACCAACAAAUCUUCUGAUAUGGUUCUGCGUCAUCGUGCCAAUAAUCUCGGGCAUGCUGUCAGGCACCCGAGGACCUUUUGCAGACUACAUGAUUCUCCUCCGUGAGGCUGUGCUCUGUGGCUCUGCAGUACUGCUUGUCUCUGCUCUAUCAGAUUACUACUACUUCGGCGAAUGGACGUUCCCUCCCUAUCAGUGGCUACAUUUCAACAUCAGCCAAGAUCUCGCGGUCUUUUAUGGCCGCAAUGAUUGGCACUACUAUCUCUCUCAAGGACUUCCUCUACUCUUGACUACCAGUCUACCAUUCGGCCUAAUAACUCUAUACCAGACGAGUGCACUUCCAACAUCCAAUAUCCGCUUUAUUUUCACUACCGCUAUUCUCCUGACUCUCACGACCCUCUCAAUCGUCUCCCACAAAGAAGUCCGAUUCAUCUAUCCUCUCCUCCCACUACUCCACAUCAUCACGGCACCGACCAUCGCCGCCUACUUCUUCAAAACAGUCACCACACCACCGCCCCCAAAAUCCCUAGACCGUACCCCUAAAAGCUCCACCACCACCCUCCACAAAGCCCUUCUUUACACUCUCCUCACCCUCAACCUCCUCAUCGCAGGCUACACCACAAUCUUCCACCAACGCGGCGUAAUCUCCGUCACCAAAUUCCUCCGCAACGAAUACGAACUCCUCGCUCUCGACGGCCGCGGCCGUCUCCUCUCCGACCCAGACGCAGGAAUCGACGACGACCGAACCAAGAAAACAGACUACUCCGACUCGGAAACCUUCGCCGCUUUCCUCAUGCCGUGCCACUCGACUCCUUGGCGCAGCCAACUCUUCCACUCUGGCCUCAAAGCCUGGGCUCUGAGUUGCGAGCCACCCAUUCAUUUGGCGGCGUAUAGUGAGGAGAGGGAAGCGUAUCGAGAUGAGGCUGAUAGGUUUUAUGAUGAUCCGGUCAAGUUCUUGAAGGAGGAGGUGGGAACGAAGGAUAAGCCGUGGCCGAGGUAUGUGGUUGGGUUUGAGGGGAUUGAGGGUCCGUUGAAGGAGUAUUAUGAGGGAGAGAUGAAGGGACAUAAGGUGCAGGAGAGGUGGAGGACUUUUAACAGUCAUUGGCAUGAUGAUAGUAGGCGGCGAGGAGAUGUUGUUGUUUGGGAAUUUGUGGGUGGAAGCCAGAACUGAGUCGAAAUUACAGUUUGAUGUGUAUGUUUAUGUUUAGGUGUGGAUGGUGCCUGUACUAGUGUAAGCAUUCAUUAUAGGAUUUUAGUUACAGGUUUAUGGACCUUAGAUCAAUAAAAAGUCCUGGAG